CAGCGAAUGAUUACAAGUCAGUUCAGUGCAUUACAUUGAUCAAACAACAUUACUAAAAAUGGCAUUCAAAUUCUUCUCAUUCUUUGCCCUUCUCGCCGUUGCCAACUGUGGAGUAGUUCCAGUAGCUUAUGAACAACCAGCUUACACAACAUACUCUCAUGCUGCCCCAGUUGUUCAUCAUGCCCCAAUUGUUCAUGCUCCAGUCGUAGCUCAACCAGCUUAUAUCAAACAAGCAUAUGUUGCCCCACAAGUCAUCACAAAGAUCGCUCAACCAGUCGUUCACAAAGUUGCUGAAGACUACGACCACAAUCCACAAUACUCAUUCGCUUAUGAUGUCCAAGACAGUUUGACCGGAGAUAGCAAGUCACAACACGAAUCAAGAAACGGAGAUGUUGUUGAAGGACACUACUCACUCGUUGACUCAGACGGAUUCAAGCGUACAGUUCACUACAAAGCUGACCCAGUCAAUGGAUUCAACGCUCAAGUCGAAAGAGAACCACUUGCUCACAAAACAGUUGUUGCUCAACCAACCAUCGUCAAGACUGUACAACCAGCACUCGUCAAGACUGUUCACUCAGCUCCAGUCAUUGCCCACCACGCUCCAGUCGUCCAUGCUGCUCCAGCUUACUACCACCACUAAGAGUCCUAACCUGAGUUCGAUUCACCACGAAUAAUUCCAAUGCUCAAAAGUGAUACACAGAAUCCUUUACAACUUGUACAUAUCCAUUUUAAAUUCGAGAUUCUUGUGAUUCGGUAAUUUAGUUUAUUGGUGGUGAAUGUUAAG